GAGUUUCUUGGGUGCAAAGCAUGCGGCAUGACAAUCCGUGUGUUGUUGAGGGACCAUCCUCAUCGCGCUGUUGCACUAGCCACUGAUGACCACAUCUUAACCUUCCGCCAUAGUCCCUCCACUGCUGGCGCCUCUUCGCUUUCCGUCAACUCCACCCAAAGUGCAACCUUGCAGCCAAGAUGUAUGGUCGAGUUUGCUCGUACUGCAGAUACUGACACAACCGACUUUCGAUCGUUGACUUCGCUCUCGGUAUUCGGAACUCUCGGCUUGAUCACCAUCAAUGGCGAUAUUUUUCUGUGUGUCGUCAAUGGAGCCCAGAGAGCGGCUACAGUAAGAAAUGGCGAGAAUGUCCUGAAGAUCACAUCUGUUGAAUUCCACUGCAUAAACAAGUCCGAUUAUGACUAUCUAAUUCUGGAUCGCAUAAACAACUUCUCGACAGACGAGAUCGAUGAAGAUGGCUUCGAUCAUCACCAUGCCAGGGAUCCUGCUAUGGAACAUCCUUGUAUGGCUAUGAAGAAACUCCUCAGUGGAGGCAGUUUCUACUACAGCGCCGACUUUGAUCUCACGAGACGUCUUCAAGACAGAUCGUCAUUAUCAGCAACGGUUGCAAUCGACAGUCUUGAUGCAGGUUUCCUCUGGAAUUCAUACAUGAUCCAACCACUGGUCAGCUUCCGCUCAAGACUAUCAGAGCGUGAGAAGAAAGAGUUAGAUGCUUCUCGCAUGUUGACGUCUGCCAUACGCGGAUUUGCUAUGACACUGACAGUCCCACCUGCUUCGUCACCAAUUAGCCAUGCUUCUUCAGGGUUUCCAUCUACACUGACCUUACUGUCUCGUCUGUCUUGUCGUAGAGCCGGUACUCGUUUCAAUGCUCGAGGUAUUGACGAUGAUGGCAAUGUUGCCAACUUUGUCGAGACCGAGGUCAUAUUCUCUACACCUUCAGGCAUGAGCUUUUCCUAUGUUCAAGUACGAGGCAGCAUUCCGCUGUUCUGGGAACAAGCAGCAGGUUUCACUCCCGGACAACAGAAAAUCCAGCUCACGCGAUCUGCUGAAGCCUCUCAGCCUGCAUUCGAUAAACACAUGUCUGAUCUGGAAAUCAACUAUGGCAACAUCCACGUAGUCAAUCUGCUCAGUAAUGAGAAACCUGGCGAACUGGAGCUGAGUCGCAGAUAUCAAUACCAUGUCCGCAACAGCCCUCUAAACCUGCCAUCAGGUGAGCCUGGAGAGAAAGAGGUUGAGGACCACGAACUUAUCAAGGAGACCGACUACGAUUUCCAUGCCGAGACUCGUGCACUUGGAUACGAAGCGGCCAAAGGGAUCAGACGUUACAUCCAGGACUCGAUCGAGAACUUCGCUUACUUUCUCUCGGAAGAAGUGGAUGAUGAGCCAAAGAACACCAACGGCAGACCACAAUCACUCAUGCGAAGGAACAUGAACAUCCUACAGCAGGAAGGCAUAUUCCGCACUAAUUGUCUGGACUGUUUGGACAGAACAAAUCUCAUCCAGACUCUUAUCAGUCAAAUGGCUAUUCAAGAAUUCUUGAACCAACGAGGUGAAAGAACAGCGACCAAUGACUUUUGGGUCAGACACGGCACGCUCUGGGCUGACAACGGUGAUGCUUUAUCACGAAUCUAUGCAGGCACUGGAGCACUAAAAUCCUCAUUCACGAGACACGGAAAGUCGUCUCUCGCAGGUGCGUUUGCGGACUUCCGAAAGAGUGCAACUCGACUGUAUAUCAACAACUUCGAGGACAAAGGCAGACAGAAUACCAUCGACAUGCUUUUGGGUCGUUUGGUUGAGCAAGUCCCUGUUCAUCUCUUCGAUCCAAUCAAUGAUUGGGUUUCUGCAGAACUCACCAAGAGGACAAAUGAGUACUCGGCGUGCGAUAACAUCAACAUUUAUGUUGGCACGUUCAAUCUUAAUGGCAAGACUAGAGGUUUGUCUGAGGAUCUUUCUCCUUGGCUCUGCCCGCCUGUUGAUCUCUCUCAACAACAGCCCGAGAUUGUGGCUGUAGGCUUCCAAGAGAUUGUCGACCUUAGUCCUCAACAGAUCAUGUCCACUGAUCCGCAUAGAAGACAAGCAUGGGAAGAAGCAGUCAAGUCGACCUUGAACGAGCAUGCUCAAACUUUAGGAUCGGAAGAAUAUGUCAUGCUCAGAGGUGGGCAGCUUGUCGGAUGCUCUCUGUCCGUGUUUGUCAAAGCGAGCAUUCUACCAUAUAUCAAGAACGUCGAAGGUGCUCUGAAGAAGACAGGUAUGUCAGGUAUGGCAGGCAACAAGGGUGCUGUGGCUAUUCGCAUGGAGUACGCCAAUACAUCAAUUUGCUUGGUCACUGCACAUUUAGCAGCAGGAUUCGCCAACUACGAGGAGCGUAACCAAGACUAUCGAACCAUCAGUCAUGGACUCCGGUUUGCCAGGAACCGAUCAAUUGAAGACCAUGACACCAUCAUCUGGCUGGGUGAUUUCAAUUACCGCAUCGGUAUGGCCAAUGAGAAGACGAGACAGCUCGUUAAGAUGGGCGACCUCGAGAAACUCUAUGAAAACGAUCAGCUCAACCUUCAAAUGGUUCAUGGCAAAACCUUCCCAUACUAUAACGAGGCCAGAAUCACCUUCCUGCCGACAUACAAGUACGAUGUCGGCACAGAUGAGUAUGACAGCAGCGACAAAGCGCGUAUCCCUGCAUGGUGCGAUCGUGUCUUGACCAAAGGACACAAUCUGCGUCAAAUCCAUUACAACACUGCGCCUUUGAAAUUCUCAGAUCAUCGACCUGUCUAUGCUACCUUCCAAUGUACCAUCACAGUCAUUGACGAGAAGAAGAAACAAGAAAUCAGCGAAGGGUUGUACAAACAAAGACGCGCUGUAGUCGGUGGCCAUACCGCCAAUGCUAGACCUGACGAUACUGACGACGAAGAUCUAUUGGGCUACGAGUCAAUCGAACCUGGCUUGCCACCAGCAAGCUCAGACAAGCGUAAAUGGUGGCUAGACAAUGGCAUGCCAGCUCGUUCGCAGGUCAAACCACCAGGCGAUGGCUACGUUCGCAACCCGCAGAGAGCACCUAAUCCAUUCAGCGCCACCACCGAGCCAGACUGGGUCAAAGUUCCUCGACCAAACCCACCUCCCCCUCGCACGCUUUCAAUCCGCGACCGCACUCCCUCAACAAUGAGUCAAAACUCUAAUGGCAGGGCAACAUCAGUCAGCCGCAAACUCCCACCAGUCUGGCCACCGCACCAGCAAUCUUCCUCUGCAGCUCCCAGCUCUAGAGCUUCUUCUACCCAACACAGUCUCCUCGACGAUCCAAUCGAAGAACCACCACUUCCACCUCGCCCAUCCGACAACAGAAUCAGUCGCAAAGCCGCACCUCCAGUGCCUAAGAAGCCAUCAACGCUGCGCUCUGAGUCUCCAGUCAGCACAAGAGACGAUGGUUUUGCUCCCAAGCUACCGCAAAGGAUUAAUACAUUGCCUUCGCAGUCGCCGGUCGCGAAGAGUGUUUCUAUGCCUAUGCUUCCGCCGCCGAGAAGAAGCACGGUAGAGGUUAAUGCAAAGGGGAUUGAGAGUUGGUCCAGACAGACUAGUCAGAGUGAGAGUGGGCCGCCUUUGCCUCCUAGACGAGGUACCGCGCAGAAAAAUUUGUUGGAUGAUGAAGAUGAAGGAGGCAUGACUGGUUGGAAGCCGUUGAGACCUAAUUAG